AUGGCAGAUGGUUGGAAUCAAGUGCUUCCCCGUUCCUUGACUAACGAAUGCAAGUUCAUCGGCAAGGGCGCGACGGGAUGGGUUUUCGAAGUCGCGCCGGGCAUCACGCUCAAAUACCUCUGCACGGGCCGGGACGACGAGUUUCGCCGCGAAAACGAAAUGUACGAGCUGAUUGAGCGAAGCAGCCCUCCCCCGUACUUUGUCCAGAGCUUUCUCCGGCUCCCCUACGCACACUUUAUGCAGUCUUUCCCGGACUGUCUUGAUCUUCGUCUGCGGAGCAAUCGGCGUCAAGAUCCCAAGACGCUUGAGUGCUUUGAGGUUUUGCGUCUGGAGCCGACGGCCAAGAUUGAGCAGUGGGCUGCGGAAUUGUCCAGCGCGCUCGCUUGGCUAGAAUCCCUCGGACUAGUCCAGGGAGAUUUGCGCCCGUCAAAUAUCCUCCUCGAUCGCGACAACAACGACCAUCUGAAGCUGGUCGAUUUUGACAGCUGUGCCAAGAUUGGCGAUAGAGAUCCUGGGCUUCCACCACCGUGGUCCCAUUCAAAGCACCGAUUCUACGGGGCUGUAACUGAGCAAUUUUCAUUCGGCUCGAUCCUCUACAACAUGACGCGUGGCCUUGAGCUAUACGAAGACUUGGGCCCUGAAGUCCAUCAGCUCUUUGAUAAUAUGGAGUUUCCGGAACUGUCCGACUCCCGCUUAGAUGUAUUGACGCGUCGCUGUUGGUGGGGUGAAUUUGCGACCUUGGCCGAUCUGGCCAAGGAGUGCGCGACGCUUGAAGGUGCCAGUUCGGCGGCAACGGCCGACACGGCUAAUGAUGAGUAUAAAACUAGAAUGAAGAGGACUUGUGAAGAAUUAUUGCGUACUAAAUUGGCAGAUUUAGGUGAUGAAUCACCUCGAGAUGUGUCUGCCUAG